UAUAUUCCGCAGUGUCGUUUUUUUUCACUGGACCCCAAUGGUCUUCUCGCGGGAAAGACGAUUUGUUUGUUUGUAAAUUGCGUAGAAAACGUGAAGUAAUUGUGUUAUUAAAAUGAACUCAAAUAAGCAUGUUUUUGUGAUAAGCGAUCCAAUAAAAUGUGAAAGUGAUUCUGGAGCGGAAUUAAAGUUGCAGAUCAUCACUCUUCGAAACCCAGCUACCGGCAAACCUACGAAAUAUCUCACAAGAAACGAUGGAAAUGAUUUGUACGAAUUGAACCAAUUUUCCGAAACCAACCGAUCGUGGUUCAUCAAUGAGACGGUAUGCUCAAACGGAAGAAUCUAUAUUCCUACCAGGAUCGACCCACUUUUCUUGAUCAUUCCCUACAUAGAGAGAAAUUGCACUAGUAAAGCUGUUCCGUUGGACCAAGUUUUAGUGGAUGAUGAAUUUCCUCAUACGGAAAAGCUCGUGGAUACGAUUUCGAACGGAACCCAAUUGUCGUUGAUAGCUGAGGAGAAAAAAGCAGGAAGCAUAAAGGCUUAUAAGUAUAGUGAAAGUAAAACGCUAGAUUUUCUUAAAAGGAAAUGUCUUCGACUUGAGUUGGCUCUAGGAAAAGAAUGCCAAUUUGCCCGCUCGCACAAUUUCAUCAAAGAGGAGAAAGAAAACGAGAAAAACGGUGAAAUGCUACAUUAUGCCCAUGGUGUGAUUUCGGAUUAUUUGAGUUUAGAGCUUAGUAAAAAGCUUGGAACCGCACUAGGACUUCCAGAGGAAAAAUCGAACAACAAACGCAAAUCGACUGCCGAGAUAGAGGUUAAUCAAAUUAAGAAAAUUAAAAAAGAAGAGGUUCACGAGACAACCCCAAUCAAGAAAGUGACUUCAGAGAAGAAAGUUAGUGCAAAAUCUAAAGCAUUGGCUAAAGCGGCAAAUGGUACGAAAAGUAUUUCUAGCUUUUUCAAGAAAUGAUUAGUUUAUUUUUGUUGAUGUAAUGAUUGGUGAAUAAAUUCAUGGCUAAUUGUGGAGCGAAAGGCGCGAAAUUCAUAAUCAACCAUCCGGAGCUGGCACCGCUUGUUCUUGUUGUUGACAAAGGCUUACUAGACGUUCCUAUGAAUGUAACGCUUAUUUUCGUUAGAAUAUAUAUGUAAUAAUUCCAUAAA